CGCGCGCUGCUCCGUUUCUAACCAGGACCAGCUGUGAGUGCGCGCGCUUCUUAUUGGGAUGUUUUUUGGGACGCACGAGCGCUUAUAUUAUUAAUGUUAAUAUAAUACUAUAAUAAAUAAAUAAGCGCUUUUUAAACUUGUGUUCGGUGUCGGGACUGUAAUCUGUUUACACAGAGGAACUUACUUAAAGGUCUCCGACUGAAUCCUGACCUGCUCCUUUUCCUCGUGUUGACUGACGGCUGACCAUCAGGGUUAAUAACACAGUGUGCAGUGGAGCUUCAGCCCCAGUAGCUCAGCAGUUCGUUGUGUUGCCGUCAGAGCUGCAGUGUCCUUCACACACCAUGUCCUCCGAGGCCAAAGACCCAGUGCAGGAAGCUCCGUCCACAACCCCUCCAAUCUCCCCUACUUCCCCUGUGUCACCCAGCUCCCUGCGUCUGCCCCCCUGCCGCCAGAGACCCCGCUCACCCUCACCCAUGAGGGGCUUCCUGAUCCCCAGCCCACUGCCCACCCGCCGCAACCGCACCAGCUCUGCGACUGCCAGAGCAGCAGAGGGGCCGAUGUUCACCGGGGUCUGUAAGUGCUUCUCCAGGUCCAAAGGUCACGGCUUCAUCACACCGUCAGAUGGAGGUGCCGACAUCUUCGUGCAUAUCUCAGAUAUCGAAGGAGAGUACGUUCCAGUAGAAGGGGACGAGGUGAGCUAUAAGAUCUGCUCCAUUCCACCCAAAUUUGAGAAGGUUCAAGCGGUGGAAGUGACCAUAACUCACCUGGCACCCGGCACUAAACACGAGACGUGGUCAGGAACCGUAAUCGACUCCUGAACAAAGACCCCGGCGCUCGACGCCCCGUGUUUUCUGAAACGCUGUGCUGGAUGACGGCCGGCUGCGGGAGAGCGGCGUGACGGAUCGUGGUGGACGGAAGACGACGUUUGCCUUUACACGUAUUUUUUUUUUGCGUGUGAAUUUUGUCGAAAAUCUCAUUAGCUUUUUUUUUUUUUUUUUUCUUUUGCCACAAAAGGAGAAAUCUUUGUGACCGAUUGCUUAAACGAACCAUUUGUAGUUGUGUAUUGCUGGUUUUGUUUAUUACUCAUUUUGGUGGAUUAUAGAGAAAGAAAAAAAAAAUAAUAAAGCCUUAAUUCGAAUACA